AUGUCUUUCUCAUAUAGUCAAGCCAAUAACAGUGGGUUCCAACAAGGAUCAUCAUCAGGAGGAAGAUCUAGAAAUAAUAAUCAACGGAAUGCAUCAUCAAAUUAUUCCAAUAAUUCUAAUGAUAGAUUUAGAUCGGAAAAACCAAAGAAUACUACAAACAAGACUGGAUCAUCGUCCUCAUCAGAAGGAGGGUUGGAGGCCUACAAUAAACAAGCCUUGGCAGAAUUGGUAGAAAUUUUGGAUGAAACACCAGAUUUGGGAUUUGUCGAUACUCAUGUCCAUUUUGAAUACAUUUUACAAAGAAUGUUUAAAGCACAAUUGGGUGAAGUUUCUACCAGUGAAAAGAACUUGAUAGAUACCUUGUGUUUUGAAACAAAGGAUAAGGAGCUUUCUGAGAGAAUAUUGUCAAGAAUGAAUGCAUUUGUGUGUGUACAAUGUGAUCCAACUUCAUUCUCAAGUCUGGGAUUGUGGAGAGAUUUGAUAGAAAUGAAGAAUUUGAAUAUUGGUGUGACAUUUGGUUUACAUCCACACAAUGCAUCGUACUAUGAUGAAAAGAUGCAAGACAGAAUUAAUCAAUGUAUUGCUGAAGCAGGUGAUAAGUGUGUCGCGUAUGGUGAAUGUGGACUUGACUAUCACUAUAAUAAUUCGCCAAGAGAACAACAAAUGUCAUGCUUUGCCAAACAAUUGCAAAAUGCAGUGGCUCUCUCACUUCCAGUAGUUGUUCAUGCAAGAGAGGCAGAAGAGGAUGCUUUCAACAUCAUGAAAGAAAAUCUCCCAAAAGAUUGGAAGAUUCACGUUCACUGUUUCACAGACAGAGAGGAAUUUGCUCAAAAACUCAUCUCACACUUUCCUAACUUGUAUAUUGGAUUUACUGGUGUUGUGACCUAUGCUCCAAGAGGAAACUCAAACAAUAAGGACCAAAAUUUGGAAGGAGUUGUUCGUUCCUUGCCAUUGAAUAGAAUUUUAUUGGAAACCGACGGACCUUACAUGCCCGUUCGCCUUUCCAAAUCACCCAAUACAGGAAGCAAGAGACCCAUUGCUCACUCUGGACAUAUUCCAUUAAUUGCCAAGAGAAUUGCUGAUAUUAAGAAGAUUUCAAUCAAGCAAGUUUUCGAACAAUGUCGUCUCAAUACGAUGAACAUGUAUGGUUUGUGA